AAGGCUGCCCAAGGCAUGAGCACCACCCCAGCUCAACCUGUAGGAUCUCUGUCCCAAAGAAAGCGUCAGCAAUAUGCCAAGAGCAAAAAACAGGGUAAUACAUCCAAUAGUCGGCCAGCCCGUGCUCUUUUCUGUCUAUCCCUCAAUAACCCACUCCGAAGAGCCUGCAUUAGUAUAGUAGAAUGGAAACCGUUUGACAUAUUUAUAUUACUGGCUAUUUUUGCCAAUUGUGUGGCCUUAGCUGUUUACAUCCCAUUUCCAGAAGAUGAUUCUAAUUCAAUAAACCAUGAUUUGGAAAAAGUAGAAUAUGCCUUCUUGAUUAUUUUUACAAUUGAAACAUUUUUGAAGAUUGUAGCAUAUGGAUUAUUAUUACAUCCCAACGCAUAUGUUAGAAAUGGAUGGAAUUUAUUGGAUUUUGUAAUAGUUAUAGUAGGAUUGUUUAGUGUAAUUUUGGAACAAUUAACCAAAGAAGCAGAAGGGGGUAGCCAUUCCGGUGGCAAACCAGGUGGUUUUGAUGUAAAAGCUCUAAGGGCCUUUCGUGUCCUGAGACCCCUCCGGCUUGUAUCAGGAGUGCCCAGUUUACAAGUUGUCCUGAAUUCAAUUAUAAAAGCCAUGGUUCCCUUGCUCCAUAUUGCCCUUUUGGUAUUAUUUGUAAUUAUAAUCUAUGCUAUUAUAGGAUUGGAACUUUUUAUUGGAAAAAUGCACAAAUCUUGUUAUUUUGAAGAUUCAGAAAUGUUAGCUGAAGAUGAACCUGCACCUUGUGCAUUCUCAGGGAGUGGACGUCAGUGUCCCCUAAAUGGCACUGAAUGUAAGGGCGGCUGGCCUGGACCAAAUGGAGGCAUAACAAACUUUGAUAAUUUUGGUUAUGCAAUGUUAACGGUAUUCCAGUGUAUAACUAUGGAAGGAUGGACAGAUGUGUUAUAUUGGAUGAAUGAUGCUAUGGGAUUUGAAUUGCCAUGGGUGUAUUUUGUCAGUCUCGUCAUCUUUGGGUCAUUUUUCGUUCUAAAUCUUGUUCUCGGUGUAUUGAGCGGAGAAUUUUCCAAGGAAAGAGAAAAAGCCAAGGCCAGGGGAGAUUUUCAGAAGCUACGUGAAAAACAACAGCUGGAAGAAGAUCUCAAAGGUUAUUUGGAUUGGAUUACCCAAGCAGAAGACAUUGACCCAGAGAAUGAAGAGGAAGGUGAUGGAGAAGGCAAACGAAAUACAAGCAUGCAAGUAAGCGAGACCGAGUCAGUGAAUACUGAAAAUGUGGGUGGUGAAGGAGAGACCACAUGCUGUGGAAAUUUGUGUCAAAUUAUCUCAAAAUCCAAGUUCAGCCGACGCUGGCGUCGAUGGAACCGUUUCAGCCGAAGACGAUGCAGAGCUGCUGUAAAAUCUGUUUCUUUUUAUUGGUUAGUCAUUGUACUGGUCUUCCUGAACACAUUAACUAUCUCAUCUGAGCAUUAUAACCAGCCUGACUGGUUAACAGAAAUACAAGAUAUUGCAAACAAAGUCCUUCUGGCUUUAUUCACCUGCGAAAUGUUAGUAAAAAUGUACAGUCUUGGGCUGCAGUCUUACUUUGUGUCCCUUUUUAAUCGUUUUGACUGCUUUGUGGUCUGUGGCGGCAUUGUUGAAACCAUCCUGGUAGAGCUGGAAAUUAUGUCCCCUCUCGGAAUUUCAGUGUUCCGCUGUGUUCGUCUCCUCCGUAUUUUUAAAGUCACCAGGCACUGGACAUCCCUGAGCAACUUGGUAGCAUCCUUGUUAAACUCAAUGAAGUCCAUUGCUUCACUGUUGCUUCUGCUUUUCCUCUUCAUCAUAAUCUUCUCAUUGCUUGGAAUGCAGCUGUUUGGAGGCAAAUUUAAUUUUGAUGAAACUCAAACAAAACGGAGCACCUUCGAUAAUUUCCCACAAGCCCUUUUAACUGUAUUCCAGAUUCUAACAGGAGAAGACUGGAAUGCUGUUAUGUAUGAUGGCAUUAUGGCAUAUGGAGGCCCAUCUUCAUCAGGAAUGGUAGUCUGUAUUUACUUCAUCAUCCUCUUCAUCUGUGGUAACUAUAUCCUGUUAAAUGUCUUCUUGGCUAUUGCGGUUGAUAACCUGGCAGAUGCUGAAAGUCUGAACACAGCCCAGAAAGAAGAAGCAGAAGAAAAGGAGAGGAAAAAGAGUGCCAGAAAAGAGAGUUUGGAUGCUAAAAAAAGGGACAAAUCAGAAGGCGAACCAAAGAAGGCCAAGGAUACUAAGGUUACAAUUAAUGAAUAUGGAGAAGAGGAGGAAGAAGAAGAAGACAAAGAUCCAUAUCCGCCUUGUGAUAUCCCAGUAGGUGAAGAGGAAGAAGAGGAAGAAGAAGAGCCCGAAGUACCUGCAGGUCCCCGGCCCCGAAGGAUAUCUGAGCUUAAUAUGAAGGAGAAGAUGACACCAAUUCCUGAAGGCAGCUCCUUCUUUAUUUUCAGCAAUACAAACCCGAUUCGAGUGGGUUGUCAUAGAUUAAUCAAUCACCAUAUUUUUACCAACCUCAUUCUUGUCUUCAUCAUGCUCAGCAGUGCUUCCCUUGCAGCUGAAGACCCUAUUCGCAGUCAUUCUUUUCGAAAUAAUAUACUGGGUUACUUUGACUAUGCUUUCACAGCCAUCUUUACUGUGGAAAUCCUGUUAAAGCUAACUGUAUUUGGAGCCUUCCUUCAUAAAGGGUCUUUCUGCCGGAAUUAUUUUAACUUGCUAGACUUGUUGGUAGUAGGUGUUUCCCUUGUGUCAUUUGGCAUUCAAUCAAGUGCCAUAUCAGUUGUGAAGAUUCUAAGAGUUUUAAGAGUCUUAAGACCAUUAAGGGCUAUUAACAGAGCAAAAGGACUUAAGCAUGUUGUUCAAUGUGUCUUUGUUGCCAUUCGAACUAUCGGUAAUAUCAUGAUCGUUACAACUCUACUCCAGUUCAUGUUUGCAUGCAUUGGGGUCCAGCUCUUUAAGGGAAAAUUCUAUCGAUGCACAGAUGAAGCCAAGCAAAAUCCUGUGGACUGUCGGGGAAUAUUUAUUGUUUAUAAAGAUGGAGAUAUGGACAGUCCAAUGGUGAGAGAGAGACAAUGGCAGAACAGCGACUUCAACUUUGAUAAUGUCCUUACUGCUAUGAUGGCUCUUUUUACUGUUUCUACUUUUGAGGGCUGGCCUGCGCUUCUUUAUAGAGCUAUAGAUUCAAAUGGAGAGAACGUAGGACCGAUCUACAAUUACAGAGUGGAAAUCUCUAUUUUUUUCAUCAUCUACAUCAUUAUUAUUGCUUUCUUCAUGAUGAACAUAUUUGUUGGCUUUGUCAUUGUCACAUUCCAAGAACAGGGAGAACAAGAAUACAAAAACUGUGAACUUGACAAAAAUCAGCGUCAGUGUGUAGAAUAUGCUUUGAAAGCCCGGCCGCUGCGUCGAUACAUUCCAAAAAAUCCUUACCAGUACAAAUUCUGGUAUAUGGUGAACUCUACUGUCUUUGAAUAUAUCAUGUUUGUCCUCAUCAUGCUCAACACCCUUUGCUUGGCUAUGCAGCACUAUGGACAGUCUAAACUUUUUAAUGAUGCAAUGGAUAUUCUGAAUAUGGUGUUUACUGCAGUGUUUACUGUUGAAAUGGUUCUGAAACUCAUUGCAUUUAAACCGAAGGGCUAUUUUAGUGAUGCCUGGAACUCGUUUGACUCCCUCGUCGUUCUUGGCAGCAUAGUAGACAUCGUUCUCAGUGAAGCUGAUCACUAUUUCACUGAUGCAUGGAACACUUUUGAUGCCUUAAUUGUUGUUGGUAGCGUCGUUGAUAUUGCUAUAACCGAAGUUAAUGUAAAAAAUCACAUUUGCUCUCCAGCAAUGAACACUGAAGACAGUGCUAGAAUCUCCAUCACAUUUUUCCGUCUGUUCCGAGUUAUGAGAUUAGUGAAGCUCCUCAGCAGGGGAGAAGGAAUCCGAACUUUAUUAUGGACAUUUAUUAAGUCAUUUCAGGCUCUACCAUAUGUUGCCCUUCUGAUAGCUAUGUUGUUUUUCAUCUAUGCGGUUAUUGGAAUGCAGGUAUUUGGCAAAGUUGCUCUGAAAGAUGGCAGUCAAAUUAACAGGAACAACAACUUUCAAACCUUCCCCCAGGCGGUGCUUCUUCUUUUCCGGUGUGCCACAGGAGAAGCUUGGCAAGAUAUCAUGCUAGCUUGCAUGCCAGGAAAAAGUUGUGACCCAGAUUCUGAUCAGAAUCCUGGAGAAGAAUAUACAUGUGGAAGCAAUUUUGCUAUUAUUUAUUUCAUCAGUUUCUAUAUGUUAUGUGCUUUUUUGAUUAUCAAUCUUUUUGUGGCUGUCAUCAUGGACAACUUUGAUUAUCUGACACGUGAUUGGUCUAUCCUUGGUCCACAUCAUCUGGAUGAAUUUAAAAGAAUAUGGUCAGAAUAUGAUCCUGAAGCAAAAGGGAGAAUAAAACACCUUGAUGUUGUUACUUUAUUGCGACGCAUCCAGCCUCCCCUUGGUUUUGGGAAGUUAUGUCCUCACAGAGUAGCCUGCAAGAGGUUGGUAGCCAUGAACAUGCCCCUAAACAGUGAUGGAACAGUUAUGUUUAAUGCUACUCUAUUUGCUUUAGUAAGAACAGCCUUGAAGAUCAAAACUGAAGGUAAUCUAGAGCAAGCAAAUGAAGAACUCAGGGCAGUUAUAAAGAAAAUCUGGAAGAAAACUAGUAUGAAACUCCUGGACCAAGUUGUUCCUCCUGCUGGUGAUGAUGAGGUAACCGUGGGGAAGUUCUAUGCCACCUUUCUGAUACAGGACUACUUUAGGAAAUUCAAGAAACGGAAAGAACAAGGACUGGUGGGAAAAUACCCUGCAAAGAACACCACCGUUGCAUUACAGUUUCAGAGAAAUGGUGCCCUGUUUGGAAACCAUAUCAACCAUGUUAGCACUGAUACAAGGGAUUCAUGUCAACAGAUCAAUACUACACAUCGCCCCCUGCAUGUGCAAAGGCCACUGGUUUCAUGUAUGGUGGACACAACUGAGAAAAAUGUGCAUCCACCAACAGGAAACUCUUUAUUCCAUAAUCAUCAUAGCCAUCACAACCACAACUCAGUAGGGAAGCACGUUCCAAACUCCACAAAUGCUAACCUCAAUAAUGCCAACAUGUCCAAGAUGGUUAACAGAAAACAUGCAAGCACUGGAAGUCAUGAACAUAUGUCGGAAACUGAGAGCCAUUCAUACUCCAGAAAAGAUCACGGUGAACAACGUAGACGAUCAUCCAAAAGGAGAGCUCGUUAUUAUGAAACUUACACUAGGUCAGAAUCGGGUGACAGACAUUUACCUACAAUUUGUCGAGAAGAUCGUGCAAUUAGAGAUUAUUAUAGUGAUGAUUGCUAUCUGGAUGAUCAAGAAUAUUUUAGUGGUGAUGAGUAUUAUGAAGAAGACAGUAUGUUGACCUGGGAUAGGCAUUCUCAUGACUAUCAUAGCACAUAUCAUUGUAAUGAUUUAGAUUUUGAACGGCCAAAGGGUUAUCACCACCCACAUGGUUUUUUUGAAGAAGACGACUCACCAGUGUAUUAUGAUUCAAAAAGAUCUCCUAGGAGACGGCUGCUACCUCCAACACCUACAUCCAAUCGCCGCUCUUCCUUUAAUUUUGAAUGCCUCCGCAGGCAGAGCAGUCAUGAUGAAUUACCACCUUCCCCUACCUUUCAUCAACGCACUGCUUUACCUCUGCAUUUAAUGCAACAGCAGGUCAUGGCAGUUGCAGGUCUGGAUGCCACAAAAGUGCAUAGACAUUCUCCGAGUCGCUCAACACGUUCCUGGGCUACACCACCCAACCGGGACCGCUCUCUUUAUUAUACACCUCUUAUCCAAGUUGAUCAACCUGAUUCUACAGAAUAUAUGAAUGGUAGCCUGCCAUCUUUGCAUAGGAGCUCCUGGUAUACCGAUGACCCUGAUAUUGCAUAUCGGACAUUUACACCAGCUAAUUUGACUGUACCAAGUGACUUUAGGCAUAAGUAUAGUGACAAACAGAGAAGCGCCGACAGUUUGGUAGAAGCGGUGCUUAUAUCUGAAGGAUUAGGACACUAUGCAAGGGACCCAAAGUUUGUUUCUGCAACAAAACAUGAGAUUGCAGAUGCCUGUGAUAUGACUAUUGACGAGAUGGAAAGUGCUGCAAGCCACCUUCUCAAUGGAGACAUUAGCAAUGGAACUAAUGGUGACAUGUUCCCUAUUUUAAAUAGACAAGAUUACGAACUUCAAGAAUUUGGUCCUGGCUUUAGUGAUGAAGAGCCAGAUACUGGAAAAUAUGAAGAAGACUUAUCUGAUGAAAUGAUAUGCAUUACAACCUUAUAG